CCCGGUCAAAGGGGCUCAACAUGACUGACUGUAAUCAACGCUCAGAUGGGAUUUACGCUGCACUGGAGGCAAAACCAGGGGAGCGACCCGGAUGGUCCAAGUAUCAGCUAUUAGACCUGCCCUGGGAGGACGUCCUCGUGACGCAUGUUCUAUGCUACUUACCUUUACGGCACCUGGUCAGCCUUCAGCGUGUGAGCAAGAGCUUCCGGUCGCUGAUUCAGAUUUAUCUGUCCAACUGCCGCUCGUUCGACCCUGAACAGACAGGACCUCACAUUCCUAAGGAAGCUUUUUGUUCCAUGCUCUGUGAUAAUAAAAUCCUCCAGAGUCUCUCUGUACAUGGCUGCUGUGACUGGAUCACUAAUGAGGAGCUGCUUCCUGUGAUUGGUCAGAACCAGCAGCUGCAGCGUGUAGACCUACAUGGCUGUCUCUAUCUUACUCGGCAUGCUUUAGUGGCUGUGGCUCUGGGCUGCCCCCGCCUGCAGCACCUGGGCCUGGCUCACUGCGAGUGGGUGGAUAACCUGGCACUGCGCAGCCUGGCGGAUCACUGCACCGAGCUGCGUACGCUGGACCUCACCGCCUGCAGGCAGGUACGAGACGAGGCCGUGUGUUAUGGGGCGGCACGCUGGCCAUUGCUCCACUCGCUUUCUGUGGCCAUCAAUGCCAACAUCACAGAUACGACUGUGGAGGAGGUGGCCAAGCGCUGCAGGGAGCUCGAGCAUCUCGACCUGACCGGCUGUCUGAGGGUCCGCAAUGAGUCUAUAAGGACUGUGGCUGAAUAUUGCCCUAAACUGCAGUCUCUGAAGGUGAACCACUGUCAUAAUGUUAGUGAGGCCAGUCUGGGCAUUCUACGAAGGCGUAAUGUACAGAUCGAUGUGGAACCUCCCCUCCAGAGGGCACUGGUGCUGCUACAGAACGUGGUGGGCUUUGCUCCCUCCAUCAACCUACAGAUAUAACACUACAUGAGCACUCGGGUCCAUAUGUAUUAUACUUCUCAGAACAAGAGUGUGCAGUCAGCUGUCUCUCGGUGAGCAUCACGUUCAUCAGUCAGAUGUGCUUUGCUGAGAGGUGUUGUGUAUAUACGACCCGAAGAUCAGCCGAGUUUAAAUCAGGAUUGAUUCAUCCUCGAUCUGGAGUGACUCACUGUGCUGGCACUGUGCAAUAACAGGGACCAUGCACUUGUAUGAAAUCUCUAUUUCAGCUGUGGGAGUGAGGAGGUGUGUUCUACUGGUCAGGUGCAAUAAUACAAAGAGUACAAAAUCUCUCUUUUUGAGCUGCUGUGUCCAUUUAAUACUGAUUAAGGACAUUUAUUUGAGAGAAAUGUACCUCUUAUUGUGUCUAUCAUACACGUGUAAAUACAAGGUCUUUUAGAUAAUCUGGUAUUUUUGUUUCUCUAAGCACUCCUUUUGAUUAUAAAUAUAUGGAUUGGGAUUGAGCAUAUGUUCAUCAGUAAUUGUGCUGUAUUUUAUUUAUUAUUUUUUUUAAUGGUAAACAAAAGCUUUUCAUGAUUUUGCACUUAAUGAGAGACUGAAGGAAACAAGCUUGCACAUUUCAAAGCAUCUCUUCAGAGAUCUGUUGCUUUGUGUGAUAAUUUACCCAGCAAAUCUUAUUGUGAGACGGAUUUUGUAUCCCACCCAAACUAGUGUUUAUUUAUUUAUUUUAUUUGUUAUUUUUUUUUACAGCUAACUUAAAUCUGACACCAUACCACCUCAGCAUACUAUAGAUUUAAACCAGAGUGAAUGUGUUUGUCACAUUUAAUUCAUUAAAGAGAUAAUGACAUUUCAAUGUAAUAUUUUUGAUUUAUAAUCUAAUGUGUAAUUCUAAUAAAUAAACACUUGGUUGGUUGCGAUUAUUAAAGAGAAAAUUAUAUAGCUUGAUUUGACAACAGUUGGCAUUAACACAACAAAUGCUAAGGCAUUUUAUUAAAACAUUCUGUCAGGAAUGUGUUUUCUAUUUUUUUUCCGUAAUUAUUACAUGUUAUAAACAUGUCCAGUUAUGGGAAUUCAUGUCACUUCAACUGUGUAACCAAAUCCACAUGGUGUGUAAGCUUUACAUUUGAUAUAGCUUUAAUGUUUUUCUUCUUUUUUUUUUUUUUUUUUUGGUUAUGAAUGUGUUCAUGUAUUAUAAAUGAGUGGUUAUAUAUACACACACACUAAUAUGCAAUAUUCAUUAGAUUUUUGGGAACUCGUUAAAUUUAGACUGAAAUCCCUUUUGUUCAAUAAGUACAUGUCUAAUAAUGUUGUAUGCAUUUUACAUUUUGAAAUGUUAUACAUACUUAAUGAGACCUAGAUGCCUAGUCUUACACAUAAUUACCAUUUUGUCUGCAUUGAUAUCAUUCAGUAGAAAAUAAAGACAUACAAAAUUUAUCUGGUGGAAAAAAAGUCCAUUUUCUGCAUUUAAUAAUAAAUAUUUAAUAAUAAACAUUAGUAAAUAUA